AUGGCCAAGAUCGCUAUCAUCUACUACUCCACCUAUGGCCACAUCGCCCAGCUCGCCGAGGCUGCCAAGAAGGGCGUCGAAUCCGUCGACGGCGUGACUGCCGAGAUCUACCAAGUGCAGGAGACGCUCUCCGACGAGAUCCUGGGCAAGAUGCACGCCGCCCCCAAGAAGGACCACCCCAUCGCCACUGUGGACACCCUGAAGGAGGCGGACGGCAUCCUGUUCGGCUUCCCCACGCGCUUCGGCUCGCUGCCAGCGCAGGUCAAGGCCCUCUUCGACUCGGCCGGUGGCCUGUGGGCUGCUGGUGCUCUGGUGGGCAAGCCUGCCGGCAUCUUUUUCAGCACGGGUACUCAGGGCGGCGGCCAGGAGACGACGGCCUUCACUGCCCUGACGUUCCUCGCUCACCAGGGUCUGACCUUCGUGCCUCUGGGCUACCGUGCUCCGGAGCUCUUCAACAUGGACGAGAUCCAUGGGGGAUCUCCGUGGGGAGCUGGCACUCUGGCCGGUGGCGAUGGCUCUCGCCAGCCAUCGAAGCUCGAACUGACGGUUGCCACCACGCAGGGCAAGUCGUUCGCUGAGGUAGCCAAGAAGCUGGCCGCUUAAAGCAUGUAAAUGUUAGAUUCAUCUCAGUUCUGCCGAUUUGAAUUUAAUGAAAACCCGUAUUACCUUUCCGGCUCUUGCUUAUUCGACAUGAGUAGCUGGU